UUUUGUUCUUGUUUCCUUUCUUAUUUUAUUUUGGCUGGGAAUGUAAGUAAAAUUGAUGAAUUAAAUUCCUUUGAAAUUGAAACAAAACAAGUGAAUGAUGGAGAUGGAGAUGUUCUUCUGGAGAGGAAGCAGCCACCUUCAACUUUUUCAAAACCCUUCCAAUCUCUUCCUUCUCUCUGGCCCUCCUUCUUCUGGAAAAACUUCUCUACUUUUCCAAUUUGCAUUCAAUGUAGCACUCCACUGCAACUCUUCAAACCCUAACGUUAUCUUCAUCUGCAACCGCCUCAGGUUGGAUUCCAAACCCCCUUUUCUUUCUCAGGGUAUUGACCCAUCUUCUGACGUCUUCCACCGCAUACAAAUGAAGUACGUGAAUGAUGAUGAAGACAUUAGGAAGUACUUUGCUGCCUUCCACCUGUAUGAUACAUUGCCUGCAGCUGUUGUUAUUGAUGAUUUCGGAGAUUUCUUUGACAACAAGAUCUGCCAACAAAGAUAUUCUAAUCCCCGUGGACGAGACAUGGCCAUGGUCAAGACUCUAGCCUUAUGCCACAAUGCAAUUACUUUUGCAAAUCAAAAAGGGUGUUGCAAGCUUCUCUUGUCAGAUACUCAUACUCACCAGGGAGACUCCCCAAGGUUUCACUUCAUCUAUAAGAAAUGGAUACACACGACUUUUACAAUUAAAGAGGGGGAUGUAUCUGGAUCAUUUAUUCUCAAAGAUAAGAGUCAUUCACCAACUCAUCACACAGCUACAAUUAAAGCAGCAAAAUACUCCAUAGCUCUUCAAUAUCUGGUUUUUGACGGAAUUGUUGAAGAUCAAGUAACGUAGAUAGUUACCUCCUCCCUAGUUCGAAUCGAUUCAUACAUGUAACUAAACUGUGUCGUAUAUUCUCUGGUUUCAUAUAGUUUUCUUUUAAAA